UGUUAGUCCCCUGAUGAGAGAAGCAAAGGCUGGAAUCAUUUUCAGAGGCUCCGUGUCCUUUUGCUCACUUUUAAGGCGUCUUUGUGGGAUAUCAGGAGCACAGUUUUCCACGUUCCUGAUGAUCCGUUAGUAAAGCCAGAACCGAGGGAACCAGGAUUUACCUGCUGUGCUCCGACAGAACCGUCCACGGGGUUAGACACCUCAGCCAGUUCUCAGAGAGGGAAACCACCUCGUGCACGAUGCCCAGCAAAGUCCCGCUGCUGCUGCUGUCGUUGCUGUCCUGGUUCGGGACAUCCCACUGCUGCCUGCAGGACCCCGCUUCAGCCUACAGAUUCACCGGAGCUGUGUGCAGGCUCACCUACCCCGCUGCUGUCGUGUUGAAUGAGAAAACUACUAAAGUGAUCGAGGCUGCUUUUCAACACGCCCGAUACCCGAGCAUGAAGGGGGAGAAGUCCCUGCUCUUCAUUGGAAAGGUCAUGUACGGCCUGGACAAUUUGGAGAUUCACAACCUGUCGAUUGGUCAGAGCGCGUUUGAGCUGCAUCCAGGUGACGGCAUCGCCAUGGAGAUAAGCAAUGUGUCUGCAGUGUUCAAGGGCACCAUCCAGUAUGGAUACGGCAGCUGGCUUGUUAACUUCGGACAUUCAGUUGACUUUGAGAUUGACUCUCAGAUUGAUCUUGGAAUCAACCCCAAACUUUACUGCGGUGAUGGAAAGGUAGCAGCAGACACAACAGACUGUUACUUGAACUUUCACAAGCUGCGUCUGCACCUGCAGGGAGACAAAGAGCCGAACUGGCUGAAGAAGCUCUUCACCGACUUCAUCACGCUUACUGUCAAGCUGGUCAUCAAGGGACAGAUCUGUAAGGAGAUCAACAAGGCGGCAAAUAUACUGGCUGACUUCAUACAGGACACGGCAGAGCAGUUCCUCACUGAUGGAGACAUCAGCGUGGACAUCGGUAUCACUGCUGCUCCUGUCAUCACAGCAAACUACAUCGAAUCAUACCACAAGGGACUGACCAAGUACAACAACAAGGUUGCUGUCAUCAAUGAAUCAGUUUUCCAUCCAAGUCAGCUGACAGAAGACAGGAUGAUCUACUUUUGGAUUUCAGACCAGUUCUUAAACCCGAUGCUCAAAGCAGCUCACCAAGAUGGCCGCUUUCAGCUCAAUGUCUCUGGAGAAGAGCUCACUACGCUCCUCAGGACAAACCUCUCUACUGCCAUGCCUGAGUUUAUUAGGAAGUGUCUGCUGGAUUCAGCUUCCCCAGAGUUAAGACUGUGGAGUUCAUCUGUUCCACAUUUGAACAGUUCCACCUCGGGAACGACAAUUUGGGUGCAGGCAUCUGGACGGCUCCACUGUGAGGGUCAAGGCACACCAGUACUCUUCUUUCAGACGGACAUGGCCGUAGACAUCACAACUUCCUAUGUUAACAAGAAAGUCCUCCUGCAAGGUCAUCCAACAGAGAUCUCAGUAUUCAGAGCUGAGCUGCCGUUACAGGAUCAGCAGCUAUAUGAUGAAGCACUGGAGUUCAUAAAGGAAGCUGUGGUGAAAAUUGGAACUCCCAAAGUCCUGUCUG